AUGGCUUCAAUGACAAACUCUAUCACCCCAUGUUUCAACCUGAAAUCAUUAGAUGAAACAUCUUUAAGAAAGAAAGUUACAUUUAAUAUCAGCAACACAUCUGAUAUGGAAAAUCAACCUGGUGAUGUUCAAAAUCCUUUAGAACUAAAGAAUAAUUGUAAAUCUGCUAUAUCUAAUCCAACAACACCUCAAGCUCACAUUGAAUUCAGUCAGGAGCUGAAGAAAGUCAUAAAUGAAAGAAACAUUCUUACUUCCAAAACUAGAAAGACUGUUUUUGAUGCUUUGGAUCAGAUGAAAUCACAAAGUGAAGAAGAGAGUAGAAAUUACAAAAGAGAAAGAGCAUUGUUUGAAAUAGUUAACAGUGAAAUAAAAUAUGUUCAUCAGUUAGAGAUAAUCCUCAACUUCUUCAUGAAACCUACAAAGGAACAAAAACUGUUGAGAGCAGAUGAUUUUCAUAUUAUGUUUGGAAAUAUCAUCACCAUUUAUAAUAUAAACAAAGAAUUGUUGGAUGAAUUGAAUUUGGGAAUACAUAAUGUAACUAAUGCAUUCUCUAAGAUCAGUCCAUUCCUAAAAUUGUAUUCAGUGUAUGCAUAUGACUUUAAGCAUAUUCUAAACAUUUUACAGGAUGCAAGGUCUUUGAAUCCCAAUUUUGCUAAGUUCAUUGAAAAUCAAGAAUCUCGUCCUGAGGUUCAGAACAAAUUGUCUGCCCUAUUGAUAACACCAAUACAGCGUGUUCCUAGAUAUAAACUUUUGCUGAAACAACUUCAAGAACUGACUAAACCCACUGAAAAAGAAUAUGAUAGGCUCUCAGAUUGUUUGGAUAAAGUAACUGAUGCAGCAGAUCACAUCAACAAGAUUGUGAAAGAUCAAGAAAAUAUGCAAAGAAUACUUGAAAUCCAAAGAUAUCUGAAGAGUGGUGAACCAAUUAUAGUCAAGCCAGGAAGAACUUUGAUUAAAGAUGGAAUCCUUGUGAAAAUGUCAACAAAAAAUUGCCCCAGUGAACAACUGUAUACUGUUUUAAUGAAUGACAUCAUACUAUUUUCUAAAAUAAAAAAGGAGUUGAAAGUGAACUCCCUAAAAUGUCUCAGCAUUUUUCCACUUGGGAAAUGCAAGAUUGUAGAAGUUCUGGACAAGGGAUGUCUGAAAAUAAUUUGUCAAGAAGAAGAACUCAUUUUGUACCAUGAACAAUUUGAUGAGACAAAAAAUUGGAUUGAUAAAAUUCAAAAUGCCAUCAAGAGCCAUCUGAGUGACAGAAAAACUUUGAGGAAAGACAGUUCUUCAAGAAGGCCAGUUAAGAGAAAAGAUCUGCAUGAAUAUCAUGAAAUAGGCAUAAGUCCUGGGAAGCCUUUAAAAAAACUAAAAAUGGAAACUGAGCUGAACUUUUUAGGAACUGACUCAAAGAUGCCAAGGAAAUUAUUCACAAAUAAUUUCAGUAGUGAUCAUUCUAAUGACAUGAUUUCUAAUUCCCAGAACAAAACUGAUAAUGAUAUGGCAGUCAAAGAGGUGGCUGACUUGAAUCAUUCUGACAUAACUGAAGGUACUAGUAAACCAAAUGUGUCAAAAGAAGUUUUUGUUUUCGGAAGAUCACGAAAUAGUGACUUCACUUUCAAAAUUGGAGAGUUCUUAGGAGGCGUUGGAUCAUCAUUGAAAAAAAUAUUUGGUUUCAAAAAAUGA